UCUACUCUCUCUCUCUGGAUGAGUCCCCAACAGGCAACAACCCAUUCCGUUUUUUCUUAAGCUCUAUACUUUUCGUCUUGAAUCUUCCGAGCAUUGUAUGUUUUCUAUCCUUCAAUGUAUGGUGAUUUGAUUGCUGUAGUAAGUUUUCUUCUUUAUUGGGUAUAAUCAGGCCUGAGUAAAUCAGAGAGAAGAUCAGGCAUGGCUUCAGAGUUCUCUGGCUAUGUACUUGACCCUGCAAAAUGUAGUCAGCUUAGUUUGACACAGAAAAGAAAACUAGUACAUCAAGUUGCCCUAUGGUCAAAAGAUGCUCCUAAGUUUCUUAGUUCUUUCACUCGCAAGGAGCUUCUCGAGAUCAUCUGUGCUGAGAUGGGUAAAGAGAGAAAGUACACAGGGUUGAAUAAAUCUCAAAUGAUAAAGCACCUCCUUGAGUUAGUAUCUCAGAAAUCCAAGAGGAGCAACAACCAGCAUUUUCUUGGCUCUUCUCCUGAGAAAAAUCAAACUGGAUUGAGAAGUGAAAGGUGGAUAGAACUCCAACAAUUGUUGUCAACAGACCUUAAUCAUGUUCUUCCAGAUAAUAAUAAAGAAGAACAUAUGAAGCCCAAAGUCUGUCAGAACGCUGCUUGCAGAGCUACUUUACAUACAGAAGAUGCUUUUUGCAAAAGAUGUUCUUGUUUUAUUUGUCAUCAGUAUGACGACAACAAGGAUCCCAGUUUAUGGUUAACAUGCAGUUCCGACUAUGUUGGUGAGAAUGACUCGUGUGGGAUUACAUGCCAUCUGAUAUGUGCUUUGCAGGAAAGAGCUGGAAUUAUGAAGAUCGGCUGCUAUGAAAAGUUGGAAGGCAAUUUCUAUUGUGUUUCUUGUGGGAAAGUUAAUGGACUGAUGCGAGUCUGGAGAAAACAAUUGUUAGUUGCCAUGGAGGCCAGAAGAGUUGAUGUAUUGUGUUUAAGAGUGCUGUUGGCUUACAAGAUUCUCACAGGAACUGAGCAAUAUAAGAAAGUACAGAGUAUCCUCGAAACUGCCUUGCAAUUGCUGAAGAAUGAAGUGGGGCCGCUGGAUCUCAUAUGUGCAAAUAUGCCACGCGGUAUUGUCAACAGGCUUUCCUGCAGUGCUGAGGUUCAGAAGUUGUGCGCUUCUGCAGUGGAAGUUUUUGACUCAAUGUUUGAUGACACUUGCACCAAUAGCCCGGGAAGGAAAGAAAGCGCAACUUGCCAGAUUAAAUUUGAAGAAUCCUCUCCAACCUCAGUAGUCCUUGUACUGGACUGUACGGUUGAUCAACAUAGGGACUUCUAUGCCUGCAAGCUGUGGCAUCGCAAGUCUAAUGAGAAAGUUUAUCCACAAAAGCCUACGUUUACUGUCUUUACACCACAAAAAAGAUUUAGGAUAACCUAUCUUGAUCCUUCUACUGAGUAUUUCUGUAAGAUUUCUCUAUUUAGUAGCACCGGAAUUGUGGGGGUUUGGGAAGCUAAAUGGGUCACACCCACAUCAAGUGAUACUUGUGUGCCUGCUUUAUGUGAACGUGAAAGGGAAGAAAAUAUAGCAGAUGCUGAGACUCAUCCUAAGAUACAAUCAAUCAACUCCGCUGUCAUUAGAUUAACCUCCGGAGAUCACCAGGGACGGCAUCAAUCUGUAAAGGUCACCAAGAAGAAUUACAAUGGUAGGCUAUACUCAACGCCUCCUCUCUCAGAAAGCAAUCCUUCUAUGAUAUCACAAUCAAUUUCUCCAUCUACUCCAUGCAAGUCCAAUGGAAUGCAAGAAGUAACGGGAUUGGGAUGUAGAAAGCAGCUGGAGAAUGAUUAUGAGUUCUCUGUGAGAGUGGUCAAAUCGCUAGAGAUUGCGGGCCAUAUAGAUGAGGAUUUCAGAGUAAAAUUUCUCACUUGGUUCAGCCUGAAAGCUACAAUGCAAGAGAGAAAGGUAGUUAGUGUUUUUGUGAAUGUUUUGAUUGAUGACCCUCCAAGCUUGGCUGGCCAGCUCAUUGAUACCUUUACAGACAAGAUAUACUGUGAGCAGAAAGCAGUUCCGCAGCUUGGUUUCUGUACUAGGUUCUGGCAUUAAAUAUUGAGUAAUGAACUUCUAUCCAUUGUAUCAUUUCGGUUUUUUCUAGACGUAUAGGAUUUUUAGGGUAACAACAAGGUUUACUUGGUCAGGUCGUUAAGAUUGAAGGUUUACUUCUUUCAUUGGGAUUUCCUUUAUGUUUUAUCAGCAGUGGAAGCUGCAUUGAUUACUGGGUAUUGCAUUGUUAUGGAAGAACCCCAAGUGUGAAUCAA